CAGUCGUGUCCCUUCUGUCCAGCUCAGCGAGAUCUAUGGCUCCGCGUCCGACCAAAGCUAAGAAGACACAGCAGCCGCGGGACUGUCGGUGCCCAAGAUGUGGAGAGCUGUUCACCGAGUCAGGAAUUUGGAGGCAUGAAAGGGUCUGUGCCGUCGAGAAUGCCGAUACAGAUCGCGCUGAUAUGGUCGAGGCGGCUGCCAUGGUCAAUAACGUUCUUAAUAAUGGUACGUAUAUGUCGUCCAUGCCCCCUGUGUUGGCGUUGACACGCCCUGGCGAUCGUGAAGCAAACACCGAAGCGAACGCGAGCAUGCCAUCCGAAGACGCUGAGGAAGCUCCCACUUGGACGGCUGAGGCACUUGCGGCAUUCAUCGCUGAUCAGCGCGGCUUCGUUGGUUCGGAGACUCCCCCCUACGAAAAUCUUCCACCCCCACCAGUCGACGAACUUCCCCCUCCUCUGCCGCUAGCGGACCCCGAAACGGUGCAGCCGUCGGUUGAUGAUAUCAAAAUAGAAUACCAUCCAAAUAGCCAGAGAUGCGCUGAGACCAUACCCCUGCAUCGCUUGGUUCGCGAACGGGAUAGGAAGCCGCCUGAUCCACCACUAGAAUCUAAGCCUUGGGAGAAGGGUUUUCACACUCGCCUCGACUUCGAGGUUGCUGCCUUUGCGCUCGAGGCUCAGCUGAACAAUGAUCAGUCAGCUUCGCUCCUGAAACUCUUGAAGCGGGCUGCCGAGCACCCUGAAGAGCUCACCGUGCGCGCACCGAAAGAUCUCAGUGACGGAUGGGACUUGAUGGAAAAAACUGCCAAAAUACCCAAGUUUGUCACUGAGAAGGUAACUGCCACCUUCAAUGGCCACACGGAGGAGUAUGCGAUGUACAGCACCGAUGUCUGGGCAUGGGUGCGAAGUAUCAUAACCGAUCCGGCCCUCGCUCCGUUCCUGGCGUGGGAUGCGCAGGAAAUCUCGAAAUUUGACGGCGCUGAAUGGGAACGAAUUCUCGACGAGCCUUGGACUGGGGAUCGUUGGUCUAAAAUACAGGAUCAGCUUCCGAAUUCACCAGACGCGAAGGCUGUAUGUCUUGUCGCAUACGCAGAUACAGCAAAAUUGUCUGGAUUCGGGACCGCCGAAGCGCACCCUGUCUUCAUGGAGAUCGCCAAUCUUCCCGCAAACAUCCGCCAUUCAGAUCGUUGGGGCGGCGCGAUUCUCGUGGGAUGGCUACCCUAUAUCAAGGAGGACAGUGAUAAGUCGGGCAAAAAGUGGUUCAUCAACCUCAAGACGGUAAUCUGGCAUAAUUCUAUGGGAAAACUCCUCAAGGACAUCGAGAACCAUGCUAAGAAUGGCGUGCACAUUGAAUGUGGCGAUGGUAUCAUACGAUGGCUCUUUCUGUGCAUACUGAUCCUGGCAGCGGAUUACGAGGAGCAGUACGAGCUUUUCCUUGACCCGUAUGUCGAAUCUGGCUUACUUAAGUCUAGGUGUGUGAUGGCACUCAUUCGAGGGACGAACUGCAAGUUCCCUUGCCCCCGCUGCAUGGUUCCUCAAGAGGAACAAUCAGCCACGGUCACUGCGCGACGUCACCCAGUUCGGACUACAGAGUCGAUGGAGAAGGCUGUUGUUGAGGCGCACGCCGCUCGGACAUUGGAGGAAGGCGAGUCAAUACUGAAGGAAAAUGGCCUGCGGAAGGUUGUGAACGCGUUUUGGCAAAUCGAGCGCUCUGACCCCUAUGACGCGCUCUCCUUUGACACGCUACAUUCCUCUGCGUCGGGGCUUUGGGGCGGCCAUAUGUUUGAGGUGAUCAAGGAGCACAUAGAGGAGCUGGGACGGUCAGCUGUGGAGCGUGUAGACAAGUGUAUGAACAUGAUGCCUUCCUGGCGUGGCCUUACGCAUUUCGAGAGUGUGAUGAACAUCGCAUUUAACGAUGGGACAAAGUAUGCCGAUAUGCUUAAGCAAUUUGUGUUUGCUGCCCAUGUUGUCCUGACGCCGGAGAGCAGUCCCGCCGGGUAUCGCUUGCUCUGUGCAAUUGCUCGCUAUGUCCUAGUCUACAUGUUUAUGACUCUCGACGUGAACACUGACCGCCGUGUCGCAAAAGGGCGUGAAUGCCUUGCGAAGUUCGAGGAGGCGAUUCAGGCUUACAUCAAGUACGUCGAGCACGACGAUGUCUACGGAGAUAAGACUUGGAACUUUCCAAAAAUCCACCAACACGCGCAUGUAUUUGACGACAUCGAGGCGAAAGGUGCUGCUCGCAACUUCGGCACGAAACCCUUUGAGAAAAUGCAUGGGCGGCUGCGCAAGAUAUACAAGAACCAGACAAACUUCAAGAACUUUGAGGAGCAGAUUGUCCGCAUUCGCCAUCGACAGUAUAUGGCACAGGACGUGCAGGAGCAGCUGGAGCGCCUUGACGCUCUCCAGCGAGACGAGGAACAGAGGCGCAAGGACGAAGAAGUGGAGGAUGCACGCAGGUGGCGAUGGAAACCCUCUCCUUCAGCGCCGAGUGACGAUGACGGCCCUAGUGGCAAGGACGACUUCCAGCGCAUUGUACUAGGCUCGCCGGAUGGCAUGGUCAGCCUCGAAGAUCUGGAAGGUUUCGUCUUCGGUGAUGGGCAGGUGUUCCCACAUCUCCGCAGGGAGAUCUCGACUUAUCUUGGCGUCAAGCUCACUAAGCACGACCUGAUCCGGCCAUACAAAUACCUCGAGGUCAAAUAUUCAUCCGAAGUCGAUUGGACAAUCACAGCCGACUACCUCCGGUGCAAUUCCGACUUCCACAACAAGCCCCGCUUCGAUUUUGUCCUUCUACGGGUUGGCUCCAACGAGGACAACGAGAGCGCGGGUAUUGUGGUCGCGCAGGUCCUGUACAUAUUUGGCUGCACGAUUGACGGCAUCGAGCACCCACUUAUGAUUACUCUCCCGUUGGAUGCCCCCACUGGGACGACACUUCGCAAGGACAGAGACCUCGGUUUCAUCCGGCGUCGGAUGCGACAAAGGAGGGCGCAGGCCAAGGUCGAGAUCUUCUCUCCACAUAGUAUUAUUCGAGGUGCAGUAGUUACCAAGGACUUUGCCAAAGAUGACGACUACCUACUCGUGAACUCCGCUGACCAUGACCUCCUUCUACGUACAUUUGAUUGGAUACCUUCCUGAUUUAUUCCAGUUUGUGCUUCAUUAUCGUUACGCUCUCCUUUGUGACUAAAAAUUUAUUGUAUGUGAUGCGGCAGUCCUGAGUCUGAGAGAUAUGACAUGCCAGAUGUUGU